AUGGCUUGUAAAGCAAAGCUUAUGAUUCCUGAGGAUGAGAAGUACGAAGGAAAGCCAUUUGCCCUUUCACACGCAAGGACCGCCAUUACAACAAUAAAGGCGAAGUUCAAUACGCAGCAGUUACAGAGGUUCGAGGGGAGUUGUUUUGGUCAUCUAUUACUGAUAGAGGACCUGAAGUGGAAUUCACAAGUUGUCCACGGGCUGUUGAUGAGGAAGGCUGAUCCUAAGACAGUUACACAAGUGAAUGGGAUAAAAUUCAUUGUGGGUAACAAGUUGAUACAAUUCACAGCCCAAUACUUUUGCCUCAUCACGGGCCUAAGGUUCGGAAAGCUCCCUUUCAUUCCGAAGGCGACAAAUGAAAACUGCUCCUUGAAGCAGAAAUACUUCAAUAGCAAUAAACCUCCCAUCCUUUUGGACCUACACGCUGCCUUCAUCGAGUGCACAGAUGGUGACGAUGCGUUAAAGCUUGGAAUGGUCUAUUUUGCCAUUUUUGUGCUAUUGGUUUCUCCUGAUUACCAACGAGUGAAGGUGCCCCAAAACAAAAAAAAGCCCAACAAACGUGGGAAGAAGAGAGCGCAGACAAGAAUGGAAUGCAAUAGAGCCACAGAGUACAUCAUAAGGGGGUUUGGCUUCGCUCUUCAGAUUUGGGCUUUUGAAGUCUUCCCAGCAUUGGAAGCAUUGCAUUUCACGGUCCAUGAAGACAAUAGGCACAUCCCUCGAAUAUUACAUUGGAGGAGCAACACGGUGGCCCGUUUUCGGGAGGUUAUGAGUCAGGUUUAUGAAAACUUUGAGGUUGAUGUGCAACUUCUCCGGCCGACUAAUAUUGAGAAGCAACAACCUUACUGGAGUUGGGGUGAUGAUGAGAACAAUGAAGAAAUUGUUCAAUUGUUUGGGGGUGAGGGCGAAGACAAAACCAGCACUUCUUGUGAAGAAAAAGAGGCGGAUGUUGAGGAAACAACUACCCUUCCCUCCUCUUCUAAGGGCAAAGGGUCUUUUAAUGACUUUGGCAGGUUGAAGCAUCAAUUAGAAAGCACUAAGGAUGAGUUAGCAAAGCUACGUAGUUCAAAUCGGGGCCUUAGGAACAGAGUUCGUGACUUGGAAGCUAUUGUAGACAAGAACUGUUUGAAGCAUGAGAAGGAGUGUGAUAGAAAUAAAAAGGCUAUUCGGGAUUUGACCCUAACAAUUGCUUCAGUGGAACAUUAUUUUAAAUUGGAGAUGGAGGAGUUAAAAAAAUUAUAUGGUGGAGAAGGGCAUGAGGAAGUGUGUACUGCUCAGAUGAAUGAAGGAGGGCAGAAUGAAAUGUCACCCUUGAAUGAACUUACUACUCCGACUACAGCAGGGCCUAAAAUGGACGCACAAGUUGAAGGCGAUGGAGUGGAAGCCUUCCCUGACAUGCAUACAGAACGGGCUGAAAUGGAAGCAACAGUCUAUGGUGGAGUGGAAGGGGCUGAAAGGGAAGCGGAAGUCCCUGCUGAUGGAGUGGAAGCUUUUAGCCAUGCAUAUACAAGGGGCUGA